GAACGCAUUACGCCCCUUCGUUCUAUCAGUCGUUCUUUGUCUGCGGGUCAGUUCGGUGAUACCAACGAGAGGUCGUCGUGCCCCACUUUCUGUGUUCUCUUCGUAUUUCGCGAACGAAUCCAUUUUGUUAGCCACCGCAGCAUGGCACAGCUGCCGUUACAGCGCACCAUCCUGGUGUUCUUACUUGUCCUUAUUACGUUUGAUGAAGUAAAUGGAUUGCGUAGCUUUUGGCGAGGGAAACGUUUCCAUCCGGAUGCACCGUCUCGCACCGUGACGAGGACGAAGGUUAACGGUGUGGCAGCGGUCGGUCAGCAGCAGCAGCAGCAGCAGCAGCAGCAGCAGCAGCAGCACAACGAGGAAUCGCGAUGGUUUGAGCAAAUCCUUGAUCACAAUGAUCCCACCAACGACGCCACCUGGCAGCAACGGUAUUACGUGAAUGAUCAGUUCUUCGACUCGAGCAAUCCGCACGCACCCGUCUUUCUGAUGAUUGGCGGUGAAGGUGAAGCGACCGCUCGCUGGAUGCACGAAGGUGCCUGGAUCCAUUACGCGGAAACGCACGGUGCGCUCUGUUUCCAGCUGGAGCACCGAUUCUAUGGCAAGAGCCAUCCCACGGCUGACCUUUCCACCAAGAACUUGGCCUAUCUCACCUCGGAACAAGCGCUAGCCGAUCUGGCGUACUUUAUCGAAGCGAUGAACGAAAAGUACCAACUGCAGCCCCACACGAACCUUUGGAUUGCCUUCGGUGGAUCGUAUCCGGGUUCGUUGGCCGCCUGGCUACGUGAAAAGUAUCCCUCGCUGGUGCAUGGUUCGAUCAGCUCUAGCGGACCGUUGCUGGCCAAGAUCGAUUUCAUCGAGUACUACGAUACCGUGGUCCGUUCACUGGCCAGCUACUCCGCUGGUUGCGUUGAAGCCGUUCGCAGUGGGAUGCAGCAGGCUGAAACACUGCUGAAGCACAUGAUCGGUCAGCGAACGUUGAACGACAAGUUCAAACUGUGCGAUCCGAUCGAACAAUCGAUCGACAAUCCGUUGGAUGUGGCCAGUCUCUUCGAGGCACUCGCUAGCAACUUUGCCGGUGUGGUACAGUACAACAAGGACAACAGCCCACACGCGACGAUCACGAUCGACGAGGUGUGCGAUGUGAUGAUGAACACCACGAUCGGCGCGCCCGUGGGUCGGUUGGCUGAGGUGAAUCGCUUGCUGUUGGCACAGGGAAACCAAAGCUGCCUGGACUACGUGUACGACAAGUCCGUCCGCCAGAUGCAAAACGUUUCCUGGGACUCUGAGGUGGCCAGCGGAGCUCGACAGUGGACCUACCAAACGUGCAACGAGUUUGGUUUCUACCAAACGUCGAACAAUGCCAGCGCCGUGUUCGGUGAUCGCUUCCCGGCCGAGUUUUUCGUGCGACAGUGUGCGGACAUCUAUGGUGCCAGGUUUGGGGAGGCGGCCCUGGCUCGUGGCGUCUACCGUACGAACGUAAACUACGGUGCCCUGAAUCCAGCCACCACUAACGUGCUGUACGUGCACGGUUCCAUCGAUCCGUGGCAUCGCCUGGGGUUGACCGAAAGCAACGAUCUACACACGCCGGUCAUCUUUAUCGACGGAACUGCACACUGUGCCAAUAUGUACGAACCCAAGGAGGGCGACUUUCCACAGCUCAAACAGGCACGUCUCGAAAUCGAUACCUUUAUUACGAAUCUUCUUGCGAUAAAAGAUUAAUAGCUAAUCUGCGUGGUAUUCUGUAUGAAUUUUACAACCAACGUGUUCGAGUUACACAAGUUUUCUCAAAAAUAAAAUAAACCUUAAAAGCCAAACACCGAGAUCAUUCGAGUUUACGGUCGGUGCUCC